AUGCAAUGUUCCUGGAAGGCAGUGAUUCUGCUGGCCUUGGCCUCCAUUGCCAUCCAGUACACGGCCAUCCGGACACUCACCUCCAAGCCUUUCCAGCUGUGCCCGUUGCCUAGCCCCCAGAACUGUGGUCUGGGGGGCCAAGAGACAGAACCUCCCUUUGAGCGGGGAGCAGCAGGCGGUGGAGGCUGUGAUGACUACCCUUACUUUUCCAUCAAUGCCACACGUAAAACUCAUAUCCUGGUCUUGGCCACCACCCGUAGUGGCUCCUCCUUUGUUGGCCAGCUGCUCAACCAGCACCAGGAGGUAUUCUACCUGUUUGAGCCUCUUUAUCAUGUUCAGACCACUUUGAUUCCACGUCUGUCGCACAGUCGCAAUGCUGCAGAUCGGCGUGUGAUGCUGGGCGCCAGUCGAGACCUCCUGCGUAGCCUGUAUGGUUGUGACCUCUAUUUCCUGGAGAGCUACAUCAAACCGACACCCACAAACCACACCACGGAUAAACUGUUCCGUCGGGGUGCCAGCCGAGCGUUGUGCCAGCAACCUGUAUGUGAUGCCUUUGGUCCUGCCGAUGUUAAUGUGGAGGAAGGGGACUGUGUUAAGAAAUGCGCAGCUCUAAACAUGACCUUAGCAACAGAGGCAUGCCGCGAGAAGCGGCACGUGGCCAUCAAAAUUGUUCGUGUGCCGGAGAUUGGAGAUCUGCGGGCUUUGGUGGAAGACCCACGGCUGAAUAUUAAAGUCAUUCAACUUGUCAGAGACCCGCGUGGUAUCCUGUCAUCGCGGAUCGAGACAUUCAGGGAUACGUAUCGCCUGUGGCGUAUUUGGAGGGCCACAGGGAGAAGGCCCUAUAAUCUAGACUUGAGUCAGCUUACAGUUGUCUGUGAAGACUUUCUCAGCUCCGUUUCAACUGGUCUCAGCCACCCCUAUUGGCUGAAAGGGAAAUACAUGUUGGUUCGCUAUGAGGAUUUGGCUAGAAAUCCGCUUCUCAAGACAAAGGAGAUCUAUGACUAUCUGGGGCUGCCUCUGGAUAAAAACGUGGAAGACUGGAUACAUGCAAACACUCGGGGCAGCAAUGAGCCCUCAGCAAAACACAAGUUUGGUACAGUGAGAGAUUCAGCAGCUAAUGCGGAGAGUUGGCGUUUGAAACUGUCUUAUGACAUGGUAGAAUACACACAGACUGUGUGUCAAAAAGUACUUCACCAGCUGGGAUACAAGGCUGUGAAAUCAGUAGAGGAACUGAAAAAUAUGUCCCUCUCACUGGUACAGGACAAAACUUUUGUACCUUUUUUGUAA